AUGGCUGUGCUUGCGAUUUUACUAUUGAUUUUCACAGUACUCGGCGCCCUCCUGUGGAACUAUACGCGGCUAAACUCAAUCCCCGGCCCAUUGCUUGCAGGACUAUCUGAUAUUUGGUGGGAGUGUCUCAAAUCGUCACCACAAUAUGCUUGUCGUUUGGAUCGUCUUCAUCAGGAAUAUGGUGAGGUGGUUCGCAUAGGGCCGAGCACUGUCAGCAUCUCUGACCCUUCCGCCGUUUUCUGGCUGGAUGCUUGUCCACGAAGGUUGAAGUUCCUUGAUAGUUAUGUUGAUGAAUCGGAAGAAGGGACUGUGAAUGCUCGUCUCAGAAGCAAUGAUCGUGUUGACCUAAACGCGCUGGCAGACCACGCCUUUCAACAUCACGAUAAAAUCAAGGAUCUGGUUCUCGACUUCUGCAGAGCCGUUCGAAAACAACACACAUUGAAACUGGCUGUUUUCCGACCCUUCGCGACCGACAUUGUUGGACACAUGUUCUUGGACGACCUUGAUAACCAAGCAGCACCCAUGCCUACCGGGUCAAAUCACACGGAUGGAUGCCGAUUUACAACAUUCCUGGACCAUAAUAUGUUCAAGAGCCCAAUUGCCAAGCUAAAGCGCAAACACAACAAUAGCCUCCCAUGGGUUUCUUGCACAGGGGCCUCUUCCGGGUUGAAUGAUGCAUCUAUCUUCGAGCUUUUGCCGGAGACUGGCAGAAGAACGCUCCUGCGGGCAGAAACCCGUCAGUAUGGUGAUCCGCACGCCUCUUUGAACUUGACCCGGGCGGAGUGCAUGAUCGCCGCAUUUGUUUCAGUGUUUCUCCAUUUGUUAAAGUGUCCUACUGCUAUGUGUCAACUCAAGCACGAGGUAGACGUCGCAUUUGGCAAGGCGGCCUUAUCCGAUAUUCGUCAGGAAGAGACGGGGUCACCCGUCCUACCAUUCCUGGAUGCUGUCAUGAAAGAAUCGAUGCGACUUGGCAUGGAAUUUGAUUAUCGAAGCCAUGUUCCAGCAGGUGGUGUAGCAGUCUCGGGACAUUAUCUUCCCGAGGGAACGGUCGUUCAGUUUCAUUCAGAGACUUUAAGAAACAACCGGACCAUCUAUGGAGAAGACGUCUCUUCUUUCCGGCCUCAGAGAUGGCUACAGGCAGACUUGGACCCACGGCAACGGAACCGGAUGGAGGAAGGAUUGCUGGUUCUUCGACUGAGUAUGCAAAGUUCUGCGAAGGCUCGAUCUGCAUGGCUGGAAUUGAAGCGAGCUGUUGCUCUGAUCAUCUGGAGCUUUGAUUUGCAUCCUGUCAAUAAUGAUGAAGUGUCCAUACAAGAUCCCGCUCCUCCAGAGCAAGAAUACAAUAUCUUGGUGAACUUCACUCCCAGAAUGCAUUAA